AUCAGUACGGUUAUGAUGGAGAAGAUUUCGUCAGUUUUGAUCUGAAAACUAAAACCUGGAUCGCUCCAACACCUCAAGCUCUGAUCACCAAGAACAAGUGGGAUUCUAAUACUGGUAAUAAUAACAACAUGAAGAACUACCUGGAGAACAUCUGUAUUGAGUGGGUAAAGAAGUACGUGUCUUACGGCAGAGACACUCUGGAGAGGAAAGAUCCUCCUACAGCAUCAGUGAUCCAGAAACACUCGCCUUCUCCAGAGGUGGUGUGUCACGCUACAGGUUUCUUCCCCAAAGAGGUGAUGAUCUCCUGGAGGAAGGACGGAGAGGACGUGAACGAGGACGUGGAGCUCAGAGAGACGUUACCCAACCAGGAUGGAAGCUUCCAGAAGAGAAGCAUUCUGAAAGUCCCAGCUGAGGAUCUGCAGAAACACACCUACACCUGCGUGAUUCAGCACAGCAGCUUGAAGGAGGAGUUAGUGCUAGAAGUACCAAAAGGUGGAGGACUGAUGCCUAUCAUCGUUGGUGUUCUCGUGGCUCUCAUUGUUCUCGUUGCCGUUGUUGCUGGAAUUAUGGUCUGGAAGAAGAAGAACUCUGGCUUCAAACGUGCUCCAUCUUCUGAAGGAGAUUCUUCCUCUGACAAGUCUUAAAGUGUGACUGUGUGUCUUCCUGCUGAACUGAGAGAGAGAGACCAGGAGAUGGAGAUGAGGACCACACACACACACCACCCUUUUUU